CGUGAAACCCUAAAACAAGGACAGCCAUAGCGUCGCGUCACGCCGCCUCACGACCACCGUGGGGUCUCGGCGGAUUGCAACAGCGACUGCGCUGGAUUUACACCGACACGGCGGACAGCGCCUCCCUGGUCCGUUCAGUCGCAAGGACGUCGUUCGGUUGCACGGACGGCGAGCGAUGCAGCUGGAUGGGGCACGGAAGCGAGCAGCAACGUGGAGCAGUAACAGAUCGUGGCUGCGGGCGACGCGGCCGACACGCCGUCGUCCUGUCUUCCGUGAGCGGAUCCAGCGUGCGGAACCAGCGGACGCGCGAUGCGGGCGCUCGAUCCUCGGGAUGCGGCGUGGAGUCUCCGGCGCUCUCGCUGCUCCCGGCCACACCAGCGCCUCCGCGCGGGAUGCGACGGAGUCUCCGGUGCUCUCCCUGCUCGCUGCUCUGUCGCUUCGCCCAUCGUGCAGCUGCCCCGCGCUCCACUCCCUCCAACAGCGCGUAGCACUACCCUCUCCUAUAAACGCUCUGCCACCUCCUUGCCUACCCUCCUCCAUUGGCCACAAGCGCCCCCCCCCCUGCCGUUUUCCUGGCAUGUCCACACACCUAAGCCCUUCCACGCUUCACGCCCACGGUGCCGGAGACACGCUAACCUGUGUACAUAUUUUGCUCUCGGUUCUAAGCUAUCCAAGGCAAUGGACUUUUUCCGACCAUGUUUCAGAAAGAAGCAGGCGGUGGCAGAGAUUGGCAUUUGCCGGUGGCGACAACAAGGAGGAGGCAACUUCAAUGAUGACGUAUGGUAGCUGCUGCGGCGGUGUGUGUGAGGGGAAUGAGGCCACGACGACGGAUCCAACAUGAUAAGUUCCUUCUCAGCCCCUCCCUUGUCUGCUAGCACCACCGCACCCUUCUCCGCUUGUAGGUUCCCCUUGCUUCUAUAGGUCAACUGGUUUUCUGUCCUGUUGAUUGAUUUGGUUAGCUUUAGCUAGCUCUGUUCAUGCCAUUAAUACCGAGUGAGACUCUUACCAGUGGUGAUAUGUUUAUUUGAUUUAGCAGGGCUUGGUGAUGAUGGCCUUCUUCAGGAUGCGUCAACCUCUGAUGUUGAUGGUCAAGAAGGCAACGACCACAUGACAACAAUGCGAACAAGUGAACCAGAGGCUCCUAUUGCGGACGCUACAAGAAUGGCUUUAGUAAAUCUGAAACAGCCAUUUACGCAUUAUUAUCUAUUCAUAUUUCUAUUAUCUAUUAUAUUUUUAGUUGUGUGAGUGCUCAAUGGCUGCUUGCCCACUGUAUACUGUAGGAGGGUGAUAAUGCAAGUACAUCCUUGUGAUAGCUAAUUAGGCAUAAACCCAUGUCCAUGCAAUACAAAUUGUUUGCUUUGGUAAGACCCUGGUAAUAUUUACAAGUACAAAAUUAAGCCUGACUUUGUUUCUGUUCUUCCCAGUGCUAUCAUUUAUCAACUGUUUAAAUCAUUCAAAAGAAGGCAAAAACCAUUGGCCUAGAAGGAAUCAGAAUUAAUAGAAUAUACAUGGUUCAUGAAUCAUGAUAAGAGGGAAUUAUUGAUCAGACAUGGCUCCUGUUACUGUUAGUUUUGAGCAACAACUGAAAAAAAGGGAUAGCUAAAUGCAAAUGUCAGUUCUGUCUAAUUCCUUGUAUUAGCACGACGUUGCUUCUGUAAUGAAAGAAUUUAUUUAAUACUAUAUAAGUAGACUUUUAUUCUAAACCAUGUAAUGUAUCACAUUGCUCUCAAUGCCAGCUUUUGGAGAGGAGAUGGGCAUGGAUGAUCUUAAUGAUUUUUGAGACAUGGUAAAUCCCAACCCAUCUCUUGCCUUUGUCGUUCCUGAUCUGGCAACCUCUUUAAUUAAAUCCCAACCCAAUACUACUUGGUUUGGUGGUUAUUUGCUAUUUAUAAUUAAAUUAUGUCAACGUGGUCUCUCUCUUCUACAUGGAUUCCAUUUCCCUUUUUUUAUUAAUGAAAAGAAAAAGGGGGUACCGUAAAGAAAAGCUCCUGGACCAGCAUUUGUAUUUUUUUUCCUUCUUAUGAAGUACAUUGGAAUGUCAUUAUUUGUAUUGUCAGUUGUGCCAGUGGAGACUUGAAAAUAUAUGAAUAUAUUUGUCCUCUCUUUCUUUAAGGUUGUCUGUUGCAGAAUAUGUGAUAAUGGAGGUUUGCAUUCAUGGAGCUAUCUUAUUUAUUAGUGUACUUUAGACUGUUGUCAGUUUAUUGAAUGGUGAUAGCAUUUUCAGUUACACAAGGAGCACUUCAGCCUUGCAGAUGCAGGACUGAGAUGCUACUAUUUUUCUGCCAGAACUAUGCCAUGUAACUAAGAUACAUUUUUUUGUCAUUUUACUGAAAAGUAUAUAACUGGUGUCGCU